UGGCCGAGCAGCCGCCCGCUCUGAGGCCGGGCCGGGCUGGGCUGGGGCCGGGGGAGUCGCCGCGCCGUCCCCUGUGCCGCCCGGCCCGGGCGCCGAGAGACAGCGGCACCAAGAGCGUACGGCACGGCCAGGAACGAGCUGGCGGCUCGGUACCUGGGCCAGAGCCCCCUACGCUGUGCCCCCCUGAUGCUGGCCGGCCUGUGCCCAGAAGAUGAGCAGAUUGCUGGUGGGGGUGACCCUGGAGAGGAUCUGCAAAGCUGUUUUGCUCCUAUGUUUACUGCACUUCCUCAUCAUCAUGAUCCUCUACUUUGAUGUCUACGCCCAGCGCCUGGACUUCUUCAGCCGGUUCAAUGUGCGCAACUCCUCCCGCACGCUGCCCUAUGUCAACAUUUCUCGGCCUAACAGCACCACUGGCCCUCUGGGCACUGAGCUCCUGGCCCUGAGUGCCAAGUCUGUCGGCAGCAACAGCACCAUCACCGAGAAGCCCUUACCGCCCUGUCCAGAGAUGCCUCCUGGCCUUGUUGGCCGUCUCCUGAUUGAAUUCAGCUCUCCCAUGAGCAUGGAGAGGGUGCAGCGGGAGAACCCAGAUGUGCAAGAAGGUGGCAAGUACUCGCCCCCAGACUGUGUGCCUCGCCAGAAGGUGGCCAUCCUCAUCCCUUUCCGCCACCGUGAGCACCACCUGAAGUACUGGCUGCACUACCUGCACCCAAUCCUACGACGGCAGAAGGUGUCCUAUGGCAUCUAUAUCAUUAACCAGUUUGGGGAAGAUACCUUUAAUCGAGCCAAGCUGUUGAAUGUGGGCUUUCUGGAAGCCCUGCGAGAUGAUGAGAGCUAUGACUGCUUCAUCUUCAGCGAUGUUGAUCUUGUGCCCAUGGAUGACCGGAAUCUCUAUCGCUGUUAUGAUCAGCCCCGGCACUUUGCGGUUGCUAUGGAUAAGUUUGGUUUCCGGCUGCCAUACUCUGGCUACUUUGGAGGUGUCUCUGGCCUGAGCAAGACACAGUUUCUGAAGAUCAAUGGCUUCCCUAACGAGUACUGGGGCUGGGGUGGGGAAGAUGACGACAUCUUUAACCGGAUCUCGCUUAAUGGCAUGAAGGUGUCACGUCCUGAUGCCCGCAUUGGGCGCUACCGCAUGAUCAAGCAUGAGCGUGACCGGCACAACGAGCCCAAUCCCCAGCGGUUCACCAAAAUCCAGAAUACCAAGGUGACCAUGAAACGCGAUGGCAUUGGCUCCCUGCAGUACCGCCUGGUGGAGACGUUUCGCCGUCCGAUGUACACCAACGUAACUGUGGAGAUUGGCAGGCCGCCACCACGCCCCCCUCGGGGUUGACUCUUUGCUGCUUGGCCCAGCCCAUGGCCCCAUGCAUGAGGAGCUGUGUGGAUCCCAGCCCUGACUGGUUCAGAGGACUGUGUCCUGGCUUGGAGGACCUGUCUGUCUCCUUCGUGGGGAUGGGGGGAAAGGCCAAGAAUGCGUCUUUGCCUUGCCCCAGCCUUUGGCUGAAGCCCAUCUCCUUAUCACCAGUCCGUUCUCCACAGUGCCCUUCACAGGCUGGGGAAUGAAUGUGAGUGUGUUACAGUGUCUGGCUUAGGGCUUGGGGGUUGUGGGCAUAGCCAAGCCCCAUUCAUGGCUGGUAGGUGCCAAGAGCAGAGGAAGCCUAGGGCAAGUUCUUGACUCUUUGUAUGACUUUGGCAGAGCCCAUCCUCCUUUGGGACUCUUCGCUGGGCUGCGUCCCAAAAGGAUUCCAGAAGGACAGUAGUUGCUCUCUUCUUCUUCUCGCAGCCUGCAAGACUACUGCCUUUUGAGCCUUCUUUCCAGGGCAUGGCCUGGUCUUAUGACAACUGCCAGCUUGCAAGGGGCAAAGGUGGUGCACUUGUGCCCAGUUGAGGAGAGCUCCAGCCAAGGAGAAGCUCUAAUGGGUCUGGCCACUGCCUGCCUCCAUUCAUAGCUUGGUGCUGUCCCCUGCUGGGCCCUGGAUGUCACUUCUGGCUCCAGAAACACAGGGGUGUUUUAUACAAACCCUCAUUAGAAUACUUGAGUGCUUCCUGGGUUCGUGUGGCAUGCAGCCCUGUCUGGUGAGGGGUGCAGCAGGCACUUCUUCCUAGCCAUGUUUGCUCUUCUGCCUGUGGCUGGGGCAGGUUGGUUGCGCAGUGCGCUUGUCCUCAGCAAGUGGAUUCAUGAUGUGGCUUGGCCUAAUCCAGGGUGGGCUGGCUGGCUUCUUUUCAUAAGCACUAUGGAUCUCUGGCCAUUGCUACAGAACAGAGGAAGGCGGAGUUGGCUUCCUGUUGUUUCCCCCUGAUCCACUACCGUACCAACCAACCUGCCCCGCCCCCACUCACCCAGCAACCCUACCAUCCCUCCACUAUCUGCCAGGCAACCUGCUCUCGACCACUUGUCCUGCCCUCCUUGUCCAUCUGCCUCAGGCCAGGCCCCUGGGUCUGACUGUCUGCUCAUGACACAUGGCGGCCCUGUGCCUAGUACCUGGAGCUAGAAAGCUGCUGGUGUCCCUCAACACUGGUUAUGGUGCCUGGCAGGUAGAAUCUCCUGCAUCUGACCACUUUGGGGUGGCAGCUGGGCCAGGCUUGAAGCCAGGCUCCAGCCUGUUACACAGCCUGGGUAUUGGUGACUUUUGUACAUUUGAAUGUUUUGAUCCCUUUUCAAGCCUAUGGUGAAUGCAGCACUGGUCACUCUGAUCAGACUUUUGUAUUCAGUAAAGUUUCAGAACUUGGA